UAUUGUGCAGAAUGCAGAGGAGACGGCACCUUGUAGAAGUUGGGUGGAGAAGAGAACUUGGAAGAUUACUAGUCUUAGAAACGCAAAUGGCUGCAGAGUUUGAGAAGGAGUCACUCGUAACUGAGGCGUAUUAUGCAGAUGUUACUGUAGAAAGAAGGGUCAGAAAUGACUUGGAGGACUCUCUUCCAAAGCCAUACAUGGCUCGAGCACUGACAGCACCAGAUACAAAGCACCCAGAUGGAACAGUAGGGCACAGGCACAACAACAUGAGUGUUCUACAGCAACAUUGUGCUUUCUUUGACCAAGAUGACAAUGGAAUUGUUUAUCCUUGGGAAACAUUCGUAGGCCUCCGUGCGAUUGGCUUUAAUUUCAUUGCUUCUAUUAUCAUGGCUGUUGGAAUCAAUCUCGCUAUGAGUUAUCCCACUCUCCCUCACUGGUAUCCUUCUUUGCUGUUGCCAAUCUACAUACACAAUAUUCACAGAAUAAAGCAUGGGAGUGAUAGUGGAACUUAUGACACGGAAGGACGUUAUGUACCGGUAAAUCUUGAGAACAUUUUUAGCAAGUAUGCUCGUACAGUACCUGAUAAGCUCACACUUGGAGAGAUUUGGGACAUGACUGAGGGCAACCGAAAUGCAUUUGAUCCAUAUGGCUGGGCUGCUGCUAAAUUUGAAUGGGGGGUUCUGUAUGUUCUGGCAAGGGAUGAGGAUGGUUUCUUGUCUAAGGAGGCUGUGAGAAGAUGCUUCGAUGGCAGCUUAUUUGAAUACUGUGCUAAGAUGAAUUAUGGAUAUUAUGAUGAUGCUAAGACGAGUUGAAAUAUUUGUCUCUCUUGUAUGGUAUGAGAAUAAUCAUUGCUAAGUGAAAUUUCUUUGUUUGUUAAUACUGUUAGAAAGAUGUUUCAACAAUAAAGAAGCAGCAGCAUGUGACUAUAUUUGAUGUAAUUGAAGAAUUUCAAAUUUUAGUUGCAUUAAUUUGUAUCACUCCUUAUAAUAUAUAAUCUAUAUAGCGCAUAUAUUAUCUCCUUUUAUUUGCAAGGAAAAACCUCUGGGGUAAAUGGGGAAUCUUUCUCCACGUAAAGAAUGUGCGUGUCACUCAGGUGUAUUGGGGGCGUGUCCAAUUGCAUGAUUUUCCAUUAUGCUAUGUGCGGAGAAAGCAGAUGGUGGAUCCAGUUCUCAAAGUUGGUGUUUGAACGUGAACACACUAUCAUUAAACACACUAUCAUUAAGGUAGUAUUUGUUUUCGUGUACAGUUCUCAAAGUGGUGUUUGAACGUGAACACACUAUCAUUAAGGCAGCAUUUGUUUUCGUGUACAGAAUACACAAACGUGAACAGUAAAUAUCAAGGGAUAGAUUAUUCUUAUUGA